CGAGAUUUUGUUGUAACAAAAGUAAUUUCUUGAAAAGGCAGCAAAUUUAUCCUAACGUGAAAAACUCUUUAUGGAAGUUUUGGGCUGCUGCCGUUAUAUUAGAAACAUUCCAGGGCACUGAAGUGUAAUUUAUGGUAUAGUUAUGUUACCAAUUUUGUGUCUGCGGUCGAAACUUUUGUUUUGAGGUUAUAUUAUACGUUUGUCACAUUUUGUUUGGAAGUUUAUCCGCAACAAAAUGGCAAAGUACGAUUUAACUUCGAGAAUCGCCCAGUAUUUGGAUCGGCAUCUGGUAUUUCCGUUGCUGGAAUUUCUAUCGGCCAAAGAAAUAUACGACGAGACCGAAGUGCUGAAGGCAAAGUUGGAUAUUCUUAGCAAAACGAAUAUGAUUGACUACGCGAUAGAUAUCAGGAAGCAAUUGUAUUCGACUGAAGAAGUACCGGAAGAUAUGAAACAGAGACGUACGCACGUCGUUACCCAGUUGCAGGAGCUGCAGCAGCAAGUCGAGCCAAUUUUGCAGAUAAUGGCAAAUGACGAAGUGAUGAAGAACAUGGAAACGAUGAGGGACUCUAAAACCUUGGUGGCUUACUUGGAAAAAGAAUUUAAGUUUGAUUUUGGGAUGAUCAACAGCCUCCACACCCUGGCGAAGUACCGUUACGAGUGCGGCAACUAUUCCGUGUCCACUUCGUAUUUGUAUUUUUGCAUGCUCGUCCUUCCGCCCAAUGAUAAAAAUUAUUUGAGCGCAUUGUGGGGUAAGUUUGCGUCCGAAAUUCUCGUGCAAAAUUGGGAUUCCGCGCUGGAAGACCUCAACAAACUCAGGGAGUACAUCGAUAACAGUCCGAAUCAGUUCGGUGGCAAUAGUUUGCAGCUCCUGCAGCAGAGGACAUGGUUAAUCCACUGGUCCUUGUUUGUAUUCUUUAACCACGCACUCGGUAGGGAGCUCAUUAUCGAGAUGUUUUUGUACCGGCCCCAUUAUCUAAACGCCAUUCAGACCAUGUGCCCCCACAUACUGAGGUACCUGGCGACGGCGGUCAUCAUAAACAGGGGACGCAGGUCCGCUCUGAAGGAUCUCGUGAAGGUGAUCCAGCAGGAGAGCUACACCUACAAGGAUCCCAUCACGGAGUUUUUGGAACACCUGUACGUGAAUUUUGACUUUGACGGGGCCCGACGCAAACUGCAGGACUGCCAGAACGUCCUGUACAACGAUUUCUUCCUGAUUUCGUGCCUGGACGAGUUUGUUGAGAACGCGCGCCUUAUGAUAUUCGAGACCUUCUGCAGGAUUCACCAGUGCAUCAGCAUAGGCAUGCUGGCCGAGAAACUGAACAUGAACCCGGAUGAGGCGGAAUGCUGGAUAGUAAAUUUGAUAAGGAAUGCCCGUUUGGACGCGAAAAUCGACUCGAAAUUGGGGCACGUCGUCAUGGGGGCGCAGCCUUUGUCUCCCUACCAGCAACUGAUUGAGAAGAUAGACUCGUUAUCGGUGAGGUCUGAGACAUUGUGCGGCCUCAUAGAUAGGAAAUUGAAAGCCCGAACAGACAUCCGAUGGGGCAAUCAAGAAUUCUGAUAUCAUCUUCCAUGUUCGAGUUUUGCAUUUUACGAUAAAUAAAAAAUAUAGCUUUUUAAAAAAAA